UGUAGAGGAGCGGUGAGAGGUCAGACUCAAGUGUAGGAAUUCACGUUAGUUACCUGUCAAAAUACGGAAUAACAUUACCUGCUGCAUACCGUGGAUUAUUUCUAGUGUGGACAAACGAACUGCAAAAGAUUACCUUCGCGGUCGAGCCAUGGGACUGAACGGGGCGUCCUGGAAGGGAGAGGGGGAUUUAAAUGUCUCUUUCGUCCCAACAGCUUCUUCUGAUUUGAAAUAAACGGCUCACCGGAGCAGGACCGAGUUGUUUCUCUUCACGUUUGACUGAGGCGAAGUUGCUGUUCGUCGAUUUCGCUACGACAUAAAUUACUAUUCACGCGUUCUUUCGUUUUUUUGUUGAUAUCUUUUAGUAGUUUUUGUGUUUGUUUUGGGUUUUCCUGGGGAGCGGAGGGGGCCAACAGAAAGCGACUCACCGAGUCGAGACUGACCGCUGGAGGUGGUCCUGAAAAUGGAGGCUGUGAUCGAGAAGGAAUGCAGCGCGCUCGGAGGACUCUUCCAAACGCUUAUCGGAGACAUGAAAUGCAGCUACCCCAUUUGGGAGGACUUUAUCACCAAGGCCGGCAAACUGCAGUCGCAGCUCAGAGCGACAGUGGUUGCUGUGGCCGCCUUCUUGGAUGCCUUUCAGAAAGUGGCUGACCUGGCUACCAACUCACGAGGUGGGACCAGAGACAUUGGAUCAGCGUUGACCAGGAUGUGUAUGAGACAUCGCAGCAUAGAGGCUAAACUCAAACAGUUCUCCAUGGCCUUUCUGGAGGGUCUGAUCAACCCUCUUCAAGAACAGAUGGAGGAGUGGAAAAGAGGAGUCAACACGUUGGACAAGGACCAUGCUAAAGAGUACAAGAGAGCUCGGCAAGAAAUCAAGAAGAAGUCCUCAGACACGCUGAAACUUCAGAAGAAAGCAAAGAAAGCUGAUAUUAUAGGUCGUGGUGAUAUCCAACCCCAGCUGGACAGCGCCAUGCAGGAUGUGAGUGAUAAAUACAUUCUGUUGGAGGAGACAGAGAAGCAGGCCCUGAGGAAGGCUCUUAUAGAGGAGAGGCAGAGAUUCUGCUGGUUCGUAGCCAUGCUGCAGCCUGUAGUGGAUGAGGAGAUUUCUAUGCUGGGAGAGGUCACCCAUCUCCAGGGCAUCUCUGAUGACCUGAAAGCCCUGACCUCUGACCCACACAAGCUUCCUCCUGCUAGUGAACAGGUGAUUUUGGACCUAAAGGGCUCAGACUACAGUUGGUCGUAUCAAACGCCACCCUCAUCCCCCAGUACCACUAUGUCCAGGAAGUCUAGCAUGUGCAGUAGUCUGAACAGCGUUAACAGUAGUGACUCCAGGGGAUCCAGCGGCUCUCACUCUCAUUCUCCUUCCUCCUCUUCUUCCUCCUCUACCUCACACCACCUCUUCCACCACCAUCAACCCCGCCAUCGGUACCGUAGCUCCACGCUUCCCCAGCAGGCCCCGGCUCGCCUCUCUAGCAUCUCCUCGCACGACUCGGGCUUCAUUUCUUCAUCGCACGACCAAUACACAUCGUCCAAGUCAUCGUCACCUAUGCCAGCUGAAACAAAGCCUUGUCCCAGUUCCAGAUCCUCUGAGGUGUCAGAGACUGGGCAGCUUCACAGUGACUGCAGCAGUGACCCCCCCUCUCUAUCUGCUGCUGCUGUUGCUGCACCUCAGCACACUACUGACAAGUUGUCCAAUGGUUUUGACCACUACAGUCCAGCCAACUCCCCCUACCUGCAUAGCAACGGGGGGAGUUUGGGGUCCAGCUCCGGCACUGCCUUCCCCUUCUUCCCUCCGUCCUCUUCAUCCUCCACCUCCACCUCCUGCCCCACUCGUUCAUGGUCACGUCCCGCCUCAGCACUGCUGCCAGACUUCCCUCACUGCAGCAUGAUGGGCUCACCCAUGGUGCCUUCAUCCCAAGUCCCCACCUGGAAGGACUGGGCAAAGCCAGGGCCUUAUGACCAGCCCAUGGUCAACACACUGAGGAGGAAGAAAGACAAGGAGACUCCAGCUACAGUGGACAGUAAUGGUAGUAUGAGCAGUGACAGCAACCCUGCGUCCAUCUCAACCUCAGUACCAGCUCCAGCUGCGCUACAAACACAGAGCCCAGUGGAAGAGAGGAACAGGACUGUGGCUGCACCUCCCAAGGCUGGUGGAAUUGAGGUUCAUGAGGAAUUGGCCCUGGCCUUAUCCAGAGGUCUAGAGCUCGACACUCAGAGGUCCAGUAGAGACUCCAUCCAGUGCUCCAGUGGCUACAGCACUCAGACCAACACACCCUGCUGCUCUGAAGACACUAUACCUUCACAAGUAUCGGACUACGACUAUUUCUCAAUGGCUGGGGACCAGGAGCCUGAGCAGCAGCAGUCUGACUUUGACAAGUCUUCCACCAUCCCCAGAAACAGUGACAUCGGCCAGUCGUACCGACGCAUGUUCCAGACCAAACGGCCAGCCUCCACAGCCGGCCUGCCGAGCACGCAGGCUCCCUACCUUGGACAGGGGGCCUACUCAUCAGGACCCUACCCCUCCACACCUGUCCACACCGGAGCUUAUCCCUCCACACCUAUCCACACGGGGGCUUAUCCAUCCACCCCUACAGGCUCCUCUUGCUCAGGUCAGGGAUUUUAUUCUGGAUCUAGUUCUCAUAAUGCCUCUGGCUAUUAUUCUACAGGCCAUGGUCCAGUUAUCGUCACCCCUGGGGUUGCCACAAUCCGUCGCACUCCCUCUUCAAAACCCUCUGCUCGCCGCGCAGGCUCAGUUGUUAGUACUGGCCCCAUCCCUAUUCGUACGCCCGUCAUUCCAGUAAAAAUCCCCACAGUGCCCAACAUGUCAGGAGCAGUUAAUGGCAGCAGGAGUGCAGAGGAAAUGAGAGGUGGAGGAGAAGAGAGUCCAGAUUCUCCGACGUUGGCAGGAGGAGAGGAUGCUGGUGCACUGCCUAUGAUGUCUUGGAGUGGUCAGGCCACGACCAACCCUCCCACCAUCCCAUCGCCCAAUCAGCUGACCCAACAGCACCUUCAGAGUGAGAUGGGAGAAGACGAGGCAGGAGAAGUUGGAGAUGGCAACAUGCUGGUAGCUAUCCGCAAGGGGGUCAAGCUCAAGAGAACCCUCACCAACGAUCGCUCUGCACCACGCAUUGCAUGAUGACAACAACACAACACGCAGACGAGAGUCAUAAGAGACGUGAGCUCAUGGCACAGGCAUGAGGCCCCCCCUUCAUUGUGUUUGCAAAUGGGGUCAGAGGCUUUAGAAAAAUGUGAUUUACAGAAUCAUAUGGCUUCUUUGUUUAUACAAGAAGUCUAUUUCAUCUAUUUUACACAGAUCUCAUUCUGUGAAUUUUCACCUGUGAGAAUGCCUUACUACACAAGCCCUCUGUAAUGAUCCAGAGAGGGAAAUAUAUUCUAUUGCUCAGGUGUUGGGUGCCAACCAAGUAUUUAAGCACUAAGAUCACAUCUCCUUAUUUGGUUUGUGAUGCCUCAAAAAUGAUGUAAAGGUAGUAAAAAGAUUUGUUUGGAGCCAAAGUGGAUCAUAGUUCCCACUUCUGGUAUAUCCUUAUAUGGUAAUUUGAGUAAACAAGAUAGGACCUGAUUUCUUGCAUAGGUCCUAGAAUAAAGGAUUUCAGCACUAAAAAAGUUUCACAAAUCUGAGUCCUCAUCUGUGUAAUUAAAGUGUACAACAUAAGGAAAUCUUUUUGUUAAUAAAUAACAAGAGAAGGAAAGAGCAGGUUUAUAGAACAGUAUGUUCAUUUCUUUAAGAGGACAGUAAAGACGUAUCCAGUAUUCCCCUUUAAGCAGGAGGACAGUAUGUAUGCCUCCUCUAAGUGUAGAAUAAACACUGUGUAUUAUAUGUUUAAAAACGCAUAGUACCAUUGUGGGACAACUAAACAUUUAAACUGCUGAGUGACUCUACGGGAGCAAGUACGACACAGCACCAAGAGAGCAAUACUCAGGUACACUUGGAGGUAAUGGCUCAGCUGGUCAGCUUUAGUUUGCACCAUUUGGCUUCCCUCCAACUGAACUGACUGCUUACUCGGAGGGACGCCUUAACAGCUGCAAACUACUGCUGUGUUGUCAAAGCUGUCUUCCAUCCAUAAUACUCAAAUACAUAGUACUUGAGUUGUCCCUAUGUCACUAUGGACAGGAGUAUGAAUAAUAAAGAGAGCUUCUGUAAAAGCAAAUGGACUGACAAUGUGUUGCAGCCCGAGGUUCAUCUAAGAAGACUAAAGCCUCACAUGGGUGAUGCCAUCAUAUAAAGAGACACUAUAUCUUAGGUUCUUUUUUGUGUUAACUCUUGUAGUAUUUACGUGAUUUGUAAAUCAUUUUGCACAUCUCUUCAUCUGAGAAGUGUGUCGUUGUUUCUCACACUCUGUAUCUACCUGUAUUUCCACCUCCACAGUGCCAGAAUCAUUCAACUUCACUCCUUUAACCAGAAUGCUUAUUUAGUUUCAUUUAAUAAUCAAUGUUGAAUUUGGAAACCACUCACCUGGUUUUAUUUUUGAUAAUUUUUUCCAUUAUGAAUCUCACUUCAUCUGUAACAUGUACAUGUAGAGCUUCGUAGAGCUACUCAGUGAUCUAUGUUGAUAAGGUAGCCAUUACGUUAUAUAAGCUCCUUAUUUUUUGUAGCUUGUAUGUGCCAUCUUGCAACCUGUUGCGCAUUGAUUGCUUAUAACACUACUAAUAAAUGUUAGAGUACACAUGUGCCAUGUUAAAACUCCACCUUAAUUCAAAUUUAUAUAUAUUAGAAAAACAUUUUAUAGAAGAUAAUAAGGCAAAAUAUUUUUUGAUGUUUUGAACGUUGUGAGUUAUCCGCAGUAAUUGGUGAUGCCAAACUGUUUUUAUUUGUCUGGUUGCUGUUAUUAUUGAGCUUUUCGGUUGUCUUCUAGCAUGUAUGUCCACCUUUUUUGAUUACUUCAGUUUCUACAUCUGUCAUCUGAAGUCAUUUUAGCUCUAAUUUUGGUGUUUUAUAUUUAGCAUCAAAGGCGACAAGGAAACAAAUCCGAUAUAUAAAGCUUUGUAACCCUAAAAACUAAGAAACCACAUAAAAACCCUCUGUAUUAUGUAAGAAAUACGUCAUUAUAGGUAGGUAUAGGCUUUUUUUAUUUUACAGGACAAAAAGAUGUUUCAGAUAUGAGGCUUUUCCUCACACUGCAGCAUUGUAAGACUAUAGGCUAUAAGAAAUUUGUAUUACUUAGGGAUAGUCUGUAUUUUAAUUUGCAUUUCAGUUCAAGCACUGUGAGACCAUGGCUACUACAAGAUUUAUCAAACUGUAAAUAUUAUUUAGCUGUACAAGUUAGUCCAGGAACUCACACAUUUAAUUUAUUUUCUUUCUCAGUCUUUAAAUCUUUUUCUUUCUCAACCUAUCUCUAUUUUUAUACUUAUAUAAAAUAUCAGAGUCAUAGAGUUGUUGUUGUUGUUUUUUUGUUUUUGUUUAUCCACACAUGAUAAUUUGUUGUAAAUCAGAUUUUAAGCAUCACUGAAUUGUUCUUGGCUGUAUUUUUAUGAUUCAUUUAAGUCCCUUAUUUCACUCACAUGUGCAAAAACUGCAUUUUAACGGUGCUGUCUGAUUUAAAAGUGGCACGCAGCUACACUGAAGUGUGUUUGUUUGACCUCCAACAGAAGCUCACAUGUUUUUGCUUCUUCACGGAGAAAUUUGCAUCAGUAUUAUGAGUUCAGUUGAGAUAGAAUGUUUUCUUCAGAUGUCAAAUACUAAAAAUUCUUUGGCAAACUGAGGACAUUUGCCGGAACAUAACGCAACAUGCUACAUUUGAGCUGUUCCCUGAGUGUGAUCUGUGUUAAAAAGUUAAACUGUACUUACUGAUUGAUUUGAGGUAAAAUUAAUUGUAAGUAAACAGCUGAUCUGGUAGGCAUCUGUCUUAUAAAAUUUAAACAAAUGACACGAUGGCCAUAAUGUCUGGCCUAAUCUGAUCUGAAUUUCCCAAAAACAUCUUAGCAUGUGAAUCCAGUUUGUGCUUUCAUACAUAAUGUAUCAUCUCUGUGCCAGACUUAAUCUGAUGAACAGGGGAUGCACCACAACCCUCUGACAAAUCAGAUACCCCCGUACUGUUAUAUUUCAACACAGUAAGAAUAUUAUUGCUUAUAUACUGUGGAAAACAGCAUUAAAUUCACCAGAUCAUUGAUGAUGUUAAUGUUUGGGAUUUUUUGGCCACCCACUUGUCUUAAAUGUGUAUUAUCAACUUGUAAUUUCCAUAUUUAAAUUGCUAGCAUAGUAAAUAUAUAUUAUAUCAGAGUUGCCAAAUGUCAGUAUAUCCUAUGAAUAAGAAGUUUAUAGUUUGUGAGGGUUUGAAAGUGUGGUUAAAGCUGGUUUUUAGUUUAGUUUUAGUUUAUGUCCCCCCCUCUGAGAGAGUUGACCUCUCUGUGUGUCCCUGUACAGUUCAACAGGAUAUGAUGCAGUUCGUGUCAGAAAGUGAAAGGUUGUUAUUUUCUGUGUAAUGACAGCUUUAGCAAUACAAUAAAAAUAUAAAUUUUG